CAUAUUUUAAGCCAUUACCUCAAAAUAUGGGCUUGAUAUAAAAGAAUUACUCGUGUUCUGACCCCCAGACAAACGAAGCAUCACCGGCAGCAGUCGAGCAGUAUACACCAGGAUUAUCACCCGAAGGUCGGGAAAUAUUGCCUUGGCUUCUGAACCGCAUAUCCAGCGCCUCUUAAAGAAGUGACAAUGCCAGAAGACUACGAAAGUCUUCCUUAUCAGGUCCACUCUCGCCAUGCAAGAUCCCGAUCUUCCUGGACCAAGGUUUCAUACUACCAUUUUCGUCAAGACGGGACCGAACAGUAACGGUACUAUUCACGAGGUCACCGGCGAUAUCACCUCACCGGAGGGGAUGUACUAUACCCGAUCUCUUAGUGAAGCCCCAGAGCUUUCCCCGGAGUUUCAUAUAAGCCAGAAGUUGGGCGUUACGCAGGCUUGCAAACAUCCCGGCGAAUGGCAACGGGUUUUGGAUAGUUUACCAACGCCGCCCCAGCAGAAAGCAUUUAAUGUGAAGACAAUGAAGACGGAACCUUUUAAGACGAAGGAUCCAUUGACUUUCUAUGAGCCUGGGGAGCGUAAACGGCCAUUGAUGAAAUGUACUGAGUGGACGAUGGAGAGGGCAAUUCCUGCUCUUAAGGCCAAUGGGCUUAUCAUCGAGGGGUAG